AUGUCGACGACUCCGUCGUACCCAGUGUGUAGACACUAUGCUCCCGGAGCACCGAGGGUCUGCCACCUCUGCCGUCCUACCCCUCCACCAGCCUACGACACCUCGCCGUACGCUGCCAGGAAGCAAGCUACCACCGAACGCUACCUUCAGGAAGCUCAGAUACAGCGAGCCCGAGAUGUAGAGGCUCUCAACAGGCAGCGCCCUUCUCUUUAUGAGACUUGGGGCAACAGCCGAUCCGUGGCCGCCAACAUCAUCGGAGGCGCCGAUCCAAGCACAUUGCCGUCGAGCUACCCGUAUGCGACGACUAUAGACGAACAAGACUUCUACACACCGACCGGUGCUGGCUACGUUCCGCAACGUCCUCCGCAUAGACCACACCCAGGCGCGCCAUACGAUUCGCAACGCACCCUACUGUCUGAGCCACAGCAGGGUCAAGUUCAGAGACCCGCAGGCUACGUAAACGGCUUCAGCGAAGCGCACGGCGCAGUAAUCCGUCCACCCCAGGCCACACAAGUCGCGCCUCAGCGAACAGAAGGCGUUGGCCGUACAGACAGCGCCGGAACUCCUAAUCCCAUACCGUCGGCACGUCAGACUCAAGCGAAUCGUCGCCGCCCAUAUCGACAGUAG